GGCUACUGACACAUAACCAACAUAGUGCUAUUGCCGCUUGUCAUGGUCUUGAAGAACCAGCCUGUGCCUGGAAUAGUUCACCAUUUAACUUAGUUGUUGUCUGUGCUCUUUUAUUCCUUUCACAGUUAGGGCAACAGGAGGGAUGGAGAGCGAAUGCUUUGGUGCUCAGGCCGGCAGCGGUUCGCAGUGCCCAUCUAUGGCCAGGCCUGCCUCCAGUUCAAGAAAUGUGGCAAGAAGCAGUCUUGGAAGAGGUCCCGUCGUGUCAUGGGUGCCUGCCCUUUCCCAGCCGUCUGUGUCCAGCACUAUUUCAGGCCGGGAGGAGUUUGAUGUGUUGCAGAAGGAGAUGCAACUGUGCAGUAAAAGUGGCUGAUUUUCACAGGGGAAGAGCAAGGUGCACAUGGUCCCAUGUGCCCGGAUCUUACUGUUCAUUCAGAUAACAAAGAUAGGGUAAUAAAACUGUUUCCACUAAACCUGUUUCUCCUUUGUUGGCAGCCAGGGACUCUCCUGGGAAUGUGCCAGAGGAUUUGGGGAUUUUCUAUGUAUUUGACUGUAAAUAAAUUUUCUUGAUUCUGCAGUUGGGUGUGUUUGCACAGACAGCUUUUCCGUGCAGCCUAACCAAGAGGUGGAAGCAAUGAGUCCAGGGACCAGCUUUGUUCUUCUGGAAGGAAAUAACAAGUUGACUGUAUGUUCUGAAAGUCAGGCUCCCCUACUUUGCUGCCAAUGCCUAAAGCUGGUCUGAAAUGGGAAUUAGUGUUUUUAAACCUUUAUAAGAUUCAUUUCCCUUGUUGCCUUAGUUUUUAUAAAUAGACUGAGAUUUUGGCUCUAAGAAUUAGUUUAAUUAUUUCCAGUAAAAAUUCCUGAAAAAGAAGGACCCUGUAGAAAUCAACAAAGUUUGGCAAGAAUUCCUUGUUUUGUAAGAAAAAACUUGCUUUCAUCUUCUAGAUAGUUCUCCAUUUAAGGACUGUGCUCCUCAGAGGCCAUUCUGGUAUUUCUAUGGCUAUAUAUGGAGCCUGCUGCUCCUCAGUGGUUCCUUGUGAUAGUCUCAGGGCUGAGUAAAGGUCAGGCCAGGAAGUCUUUGAUGGCAAAUCUCCCCAGACCACCUUGAUACCCUUCCUGAAUGCCACGAAUGGGAGAGAAAUGUGAGUAAGCCUUGUGUUGUGCAACUUCUGGGAACUAACUGCUGCAGGUACAGCAGAAGCACCGUUGUUCCACGUCUACAAGAUAAAGAUAUAUAUUAAUGAUUAAGAUGUGUUUAUUGUAAGUAUAUAUACUAAAAGGCCAAAAAAUGUAUCCUCACAAUCUCUGAAGACAGUUCCUUCCAUUUGCAUUCAUUAUUACAAUGGCAGAUUGUAACAAAACUACUCAGUUUUUAUAGACUUUCUUUAGGUGACUCACAUUUGUUGCACAAUUUUGUUUGGGUUUUUUUUGGUCUGUUUUCUUAGCUGAUUCUCUCUGAGAGGCUGACUUCCUCAGGGGCUUUCCCUACCUUAGAAGUAUAGAAGCUUGUCGAACUUGUCAAAAACAAUGGAAAGUAAAAUUAAGAAAGGAAGUUUAAGGUACAAUUAGUUUUUUGGGUUUUUUUCCUGAAUUCAAACUGAAAAUUUUGUUCUUUUUUCUUUAUUUAUUCCUUUUUAUUUCUCAAAUUGACUUGCUUUAAUGCAGAGUUUUCUGUUGGACAGAUUGGUCUCACUAUGAUUUUUCAUGUAAAAAAUCACUGCUGGAAGAAGGGUUGUUUUUUUGUUUAAAGUUUCUGAGCAGUUCAAACAAACACAAACUCACUCUUUCUAACGUCCUACACAUUAACUGCUGUAUUGCAGUGCUUAGAAGGUGCUGAUACUGAUGGGACAGGUCUGUUGCUGUCCUCUGUUAAUGAAUUUGUUGUCCUCUCUCUAUGAAAUAUUAAACUUUUAGUUCUGUAGGUUUUCAGUCUCUGUUGCUGGUGGUGUGCAGACAGAACAGGACGUUCUCCUUGACCAGCAGAGAGACUUUGCUAGGGAAGAUGCUGCUGGAAGUGAAUGGGGCUAGAGUCCAGUCAUGUUCUAUUUGUCUUCAAAAUGAAACCUAAUGUUUGGGGGCAAAAUACAGUGCUGUGUAACUGAAACUCGGUUCACGUGAAAUCGUCACCGUGACGUGUGUUUGCUUAUUGCCCUGCCUUAGACUGGACAGGUUUGCUUCCUGUGAAGGUCAUCUGAGAAUGAGGAGAUGAGCAAAUCUCCAUGUUUGAAAAGAGAUUGUGAUUCAGUCAGUACUGUAAAUCUUUGGCAGUUUGAAGAAGGUUGUGGGAACGGUGCGGUUCAGUAAAAUUCACUUCCUGCCAGGGCAGUUGUUGUCACUGUUUGUUUAUCACCAAGUCUGAAACCCAAAAAGCAGUGUCAAAAGUUCAGUUAAUGAUGGGUGCAACAGUGAAUAGUAGAGUUUGUGUGAAAGGGACAAGGGGAAAAGGAUGUGCGGCAGCCCAGAAUUAAACCAAAAACGCUAUAAUUUGAUAAGUAAGGGAAAGAGACUUUCCACUGAUUCAGCGUGAUCGAACUUUUCAACCUUGCUGUCAUGUGGCCUCGAUGUUGUCUCCAGGGUGGUCUGUCACUUUCCUACUCAUUACUUUGUCUUUACAACCAAGAAAGCUGCCUCCUUCUUUUCCUACCCUCACUGCUCUUCCAUAUUCCUCUGAAAUAUUUUUUAUUGUGUUUCUCCUGCUGUUGUUCUCAGAUGGCUUGGUACACCUAUGCUGUCCUUUGUCCUGCCCUCCACAAGCAGUUUUUGUCCCCUCAUUGUUUGGCAUGGAACCAAGUGCUGGCACACAAAAGUGCCACUGGAAAUGGGAAGUAGGGUCUUGGAUAAUGUAUGCGAAUGGGAAGCAUCCUUGCUUCAAAGUGUUUCAGUUUUUACAUCUGAAGAGCAAAGAAAGUGUGUUGUAGUCUACAUAAGGGACCUGAUCCAUAUGAUGCCUGUUAUAGUGCCGGAAUGAAAAAUCCCGAGCACUUCUCCAUGCUUAGCCAUCCUUACAGUGCAGAACCUUGGAGAUUUCUCUUAGAACUCUUUGAUGGUUUUGACUGUGUCUGCCAUAGGGUAUAUACUUCAUUUGAACUUAUACGUAUAUUCUUUAUAGAAAUUGUUGUGAUUUGGUGAUGGAUUAAGUGGAGAUGUGGUCAUGCCCCAGCUGUUCUGAGAGUAGGUAUUUUUUGAGGGUAUUUCCUUUCUGAAUAUUUCCCUACCUGAGCAGAAAUUAUGUUUAAAUGUAUUAAGAGAUGGUUGAAUGCAUCCUCCUGUUCUGCCUUGCCAGUGAUGCAUGGAGCAUUGCAGAGUUUUGUGCUUUGAAUAAUCAAACGGUGUACUAAACAAGGAAGCUGCCUUCUGCUUGAAGGGUUGAGUCAGACAUUAGAUGGGCUGAGCUUUUAUUUUAUGUCUUGUGUGAGAUAUUUUACAUUGGGAUUCUCAGAAAUGUUCUGGCAUUACUCAGUAUUUUUUUUCCCCGCCUUCUGCUUCUACUGCAGUGCUUGCUAGGUGAGUACUAGGUCUCAGCGUUACGUAGGCAAGGCGUAUAUAUACACACAUGCACACACAAAUAUAUUCAGAAGUAGGGAUAACAUACAUGCUAUUUGUAAGCAGAGUUCAUCACUGCCAGCAGAACAAUUAUCCUUUGCUGUGAGGACACACCUGGAGAAGGUAGGACAUCAAAUGCCAAGUGCUACAUGUAGAGUUUGGUGCUAGCAUUCAUUAACCAGUAGCCAUGUGGGUGGCACAGAGUUAGGAUGUUCCAAGGGGUUGAAAGGAAUAGAUCUCUGUCACCGCUUGCCAGAGGCAUGGUGCUGAGAGGAAGCUGUCCUCUAGGAUCAAAAGAGUGUAUUAGUUACAUGAUGCUGCUAGCCAUGCUGAACAGCAGCUGCUGCUGUACUUUUCUAUGGAAGUGUUGAAGGCAAAGGCAGAAAGUCCGUGUCAGCAAACAUGAGAAGAAUGGGUGUGAUAUAAAGCAACUAGAUGAGCUGCGUCAGCUGCUCUGCAUGUCACAGUUCCAAAGCUCCUGCCUGCCAAAUGGUUCCUUUCUUUUCUCAGCUUUGUUGUUUAAGGAAGGUUUUGCUGAUAUUUGACCACAGGGGUUGAAAGUUUCUUCUGAAGUUCAGCUGAAGUUGUGGGCUGCCAGGAUCUCUGAUAGUUAGGAUGAUCAUGAAUGAGGACGUUGUAACCUUAAAUGCUAAAGGACAGAUCCUGAGUUAAUGGGAAAUUUGUGUUUCCACUGAUUUUGACACAGCUUAGGCAAUAUUCAGAGUAAAAAAUAUAUCUUUAAAAUUCUCAGCCAGAGUCUUUGAAAGUGUUUACUCAGGGAGGUAUUGGCUGAAGCUCUGAAAGCCAUCCAGGCAUUUUCCCUACAGACUUAUUGUUAUCUUCAAUGGGAGGCUCUGGGGCAGGUUCCCUGCUUGGCCUUGAAAAUGUUAGUGCCGGAAGAUGUUCAUGACCUUUUGGGCCAAGAAUCUAAGCACUGGAAAUUCAGGGCAAGGUUCUCCACCUAACAGUACUUUCAUUUAUUUUGUGAGGAAACACACGUAAGUACUUCUUUUCAGGAUAUUGUUGUUUGCUGAAGCACACAAGAAAAGCAGGAGUCUGUGUUGAGUUUUUAUUUCUCAAAUACACUACUGUGUUUAAUUAAAGACUUGAGGUUGUACCUGCAAGUGCAGCUUUCAUGAUGUAUGUUAAGAGACUUACGAAGAUUAACUGUGCCUAAUACAGUCUCACUUUCAUUUUGACUGUUUAUUUCUCUAGUUCAAGUUCUGUUGUAUUACAAGAAUGGUUGUAAAAGAUGGCCCGGCGUCUUUUGUUCUGCUCACCCUAAAAUGUACUAUUUUGCAGGCAAACAUUUGUAUUAUUCCACACAAGAGUAGCUCCAGAUAGAGAUUAACUCAUGAAAUCAGGGGAGCCGGGCAAUGUUGUCCAAGAUAAAUCCUCUUGUAGAGAAAGAGGCUCUCAGGGAAUUCUUUGAUGGUACGGUUACUUUUGACUGAAAGUGAAGAAUUUUCUGUGACGUCUUCGGAUUUUUAUUUUUAAAUAACCAGGCCACUUCAUGGCAUCUAAUGUGAUAAGCAAGAUCUGUGGAGAGCACAGGAUGCUAAUUUAGUGGAAAGAUUUAUAUCAGAUGGCAGACAUACUAACAAGAGUAACAUGCAAAGAAUAGAGGAUCAUAUCCAUCCAGCCUGCACGUUCACAGCUUCCCUCUAUAGCUUUUAACCUGUCUGCUAUGCUUGGCUGCUUUCCACUAGAAAUCAUAAUGGCUGGAAGAGACGUGCACUGACUGCUCUCCAUCCAUGCCAGAAGACACGGUGGGACGCACUGAUUGCUGACGGUCUAGUUCAGUAACAUUGCUGAGUGGAGUACGGGUGACGUAUCGUCAUAUACAGCUGUGUCUGCCUCCUGCUUGUACACAGGACUGAGGUCAAACAGAGGGCAGAAGGUGGAACAAGGUUUCCAGGUAACUUGGGAAAGAGUUUAAAACAAUACACCUACGGGUAGUGUCGGGUGGGAGGUUUUCAAACUGCCCCACCAACUCUCAAAAAGUGUUACAGUCAUGGCUGCUGGCUCAGCUUCUUGGGAAUGAGGCUGUAUGUUCAGGUGAUUUAAACCUCCAUUUUUGAGAGCAUUUUCUUUUUCGUACUGUUUUUUGGUUUCAAAGCCUAUUUUAAAGGUUUAGUUGUUUUUCAAGUAAGUAUCAGACAGGUAUGAACUGGUGAAAGGGUUACAAUGAUCUGUUCAAGUAUUAAGGAUGUUCAGCACACACUGUAAUCAAUUCUUAGAUAUCUGCUUUUCAGCAUAGCUCAGAGUAUUUCAGUUGCUCACCAGUUCUUCUCCUGUGGAGCAGCAAAAUGAGAAUUUCUUCAUACGUGAAGACCAAGCACAGUUGGUCUCCAGGCCAUUUCCCCCCUCAUUUUUGCAUUAAAUCUGUUUCUCUGUCCAUUGUUCAUGUUGUAGCUGUGAAGGUCAAUGACUGCAAGACAGACAAGGUUUGAAGGGAGAGAUGAUGUUUUUUAUCUGGAGAAAAAGUAGAGAAGUUGUUAGGCACUUAAAUUCUAGGUUUGAACUGAACCAUGUUAAUGUGCAAUGAAAAAUUGAGUUUUUGCUUCCAAGGCAGUGUUUUGAACAUUUUUCUUUCGCUUGCCCUUGAGAAGCAAGCCGUGUAGAGCAAUUUCAAAACAAAUGAGGAGGGCUCUGUGUAGGAGGAUGGUGUAAUCUGUGUUGGUUUUGUUUCUCACAGGGAAUACUGGUGGCCUACAACUUUAAUGGGAGUAACAAUCAACUGGUUCUUAAUUGAGAUCAGUUUCCUAGUGUGCCUGAGGCAGUGACUUGGAAUCUCAGAGAGCCUCCUCAGCAGGGAAGGCUUCCAAAUACUGUCAUUCCGACAUGGGAACCAUUUCUUGAACUUAGUAGCAUGAUAAAUUUUUUCAGUCUGCCUUGUUACUGUUGACGGGCGUGUUUUGUCUUCUGAGUUUCUUAAUCAUUAUUUCUUUUUCCAUGCAAAAGAAGCCAAAGGUAGCAAAAGGUGAUAGCUGCUAAUAUUUAGCAUGACUACUGACAUACAUGAAUGAGGCAUGAAAAAUGGGUUAUGAGAUCACUUCUUGCUGUUUUCAGUGGGAGGAUGAGAAACAUCUGUCUUGAAUAUUCCGAGGAAAAAAAGAAAUCUCAGUAUGCAAUUUCAUGUGUGAAUCUGUGGUCAUCAGCAAGAUGGAAUGCAGUCUCUUGGGGAUGAUUGUAUCAUUUUUCAGGAUGAGGCAAAGAGGGCAAUGUCUAUUGGAGGGUUUUGAGUAAUGGCUUUGUAACGCCUAACGCGUUCCAUUUUUUGUUAGCUUUUGGUUUGUCUUAAUGUUUUCCUUGUUUUGGGAGGGGAAAUGUCCACAUCCCGGAUUGUCAUCUGUGUUUCAGCAUGUUAUGAAUAGACUGUCAUUCAUGUUCUAGCAUGUUAUGAAAGUAUCCUGGAGAGCCUGGAAUUGUCUGGAGGGAGACUGAGAAUAGCUGUGUGUAUGGCUUCAGAGCCCGGGUAAAAGUCAGUUGGUAACUCAUUUUGACUUAAAUCUGCAGAAUGUAAAGCCUUAAAAACGCGGUGACAGGUAUCAGAUUAGAAUCAGACAUUCCUGUGGGUGCCGUCCCCCUCUGCUGGCUAAAGAAAAAAUGUUAAAAGCUGAGAUCCAAUUUACUUUUUACAUUUAUUUUAAUGAUCAAGAACUCUUCUGGAGAAGACAUACCUCAUCCCAAUAUACAAGGAGUUUCUAGCAGGACUGGGCAGGGCAAGCUCCCUCUAAACUCCGCAGUGGAAGAACAUCACCAUGCCUUUGCUGCCAUGCCUGAAAAAAAAGAAGUCGCCUGUGUCUUUGGGAAAGAAUAUAUUUCAAAAACACAACCCACCUGUCCAGCAGAACUACCAGGCCUUGCUGGAGAUGUGCUUGAAGAAUAAACAGCUGUUCACUGAUGACAAUUUCCCUGCUGACAUCAGCUCUAUUGGAACGGGAGCAAUACUGAAGAAACUCCCCCGAAAUAUACAGUGGAAGAGGCCACAUGCUUUGCACAGAAAUCCAGUAUUUUAUGCUGCAAACAGAAAGCACCUUGACCUCUGCCAAGGAUUAGUGGGGAACUGCUGGUUCCUGGCGGCUCUGCAAGCCCUGACGUUCCACCAGGACAUCUUAGGCGCAGUCGUGCCACAAAACCAGAGCUUUGAGAGGAAAUAUGCAGGCAUUUUCCACUUCCGGUUCUGGCACUUCGGGGAGUGGGUUGAUGUGGUGGUUGAUGAUCGCCUGCCGGUGAAUGAGGUGGGGGAGCUGGUCUUUGUUUCUUCGGUCUAUAAGAAUGUGUUCUGGGGAGCCCUUUUGGAGAAGGCAUAUGCGAAACUGUACGGCUCCUAUGAAGAUCUGCAGAUUGGGCAAGUUUCAGAAGCCUUGGUGGAUUUCACAGGUGGUGUUAAUAUAAGGAUCAAGCUUCCAACAGCUCCUCCUGAUCUGUGGGAUAUCCUGACAAGAGCAACCUACAGCAGAUCUCUCAUGUGCUGUCAGACACAGUUAGGGGCAACAAAGGUCUUGAAAAAUGGACUUGUUGCUGGCCAUGCUUACACAGUAACUGGUAUUAGAAAGGUGACCUGCCAAUAUGGACCAGAAAACCUAGUGAGAGUGAGAAAUCCAUGGGGGAAAAUUGAAUGGAAAGGAGACUGGAGUGAUAGCUCUUACAAAUGGGAGUUGCUGAGCCCAAAGGAGAAAAUUUUGCUGAGGAAAAAGAAGGAUGAUGGAGAGUUCUGGAUGUCUCUGCGAGAUUUUAAGAUUCAUUUCGUAGACUUUGUGAUCUGUAAAUUAACUCCAGACCUGGUGAGCCAGGAAGAUGGGAAAAAGUGGAUGUAUUCCCUGAAGAAUGGGAGAUGGGUUAAAGGAAGCACAGCAGGAGGAAGUCUGGGAUUCUCCAAGGGCAUGUUUUGGAUGAACCCCCAGUACUGGUUGAAUAUUUUAGCAAGUGAAGACAGUAAGAAAAGCCUGGGUUCUUGCAAUGUGGUUAUAUCCCUGAUGCAGAAACACAGCAGCAAACACCGGAACCGAGCUCCUCACCUCUUCAUUGGCUUUUCACUCUACAAGGUGGCCCUACAGCAAGAGGAAAUCAAUCGAAAGCUGCCCCCAGCAUUCUUCACCCGGCACCAGCCUGUGAACAAGCGGCAGGUCUUCCUUGAUGAGCGGGAAGUGACUUGUGACUUCCACCUGGAGCCCGGUGUCUAUGUGAUUGUGCCAUCCACUCAGGAGCCUCAGCAGGAGUCUGAAUUCAUUCUACGUGUCUUUUCCAGGAAGCACAUCCUUCGGGAAAUGGGUGGGAACACCAGUUUCAUCCUCUCCAAGGAAAUUGUUGAUAGAUAUGAAGGCAAGAUCUGGGAGGAUUUCUUCACAAAACAUUUUGAACAAAAUCCUGAAAUAAAUGCUGUUCAGCUCCAGAGGAUCCUGAAUAAUGUAUCUUGGAGACAUUUUCGGAGUUUUCGCCUGAGUUUCAGUCUGGAUGCCUGCCAGGGUAUCCUGGCACUCCUGGAUCUGAAUGCCUCUGGCACACUGAGUAUCCAGGAGUUCCGAGUCCUGUGGAAAAGGCUGCUUUUCUACUUGGAAGUUUUCCAGAAAAGAGACACUAGCAGAUCAGGAAAGCUUGACCUGGUAGAACUGCGUGCAGCUGUACAGGAGACAGGCAUUUCACUCAGCAAUGAAGUCUGUAAUUUGAUGGCAAUCAGAUAUGGCGACCCUGACUUGAAGAUCAGCUUUGAGAGCUUCAUGUGUUUCAUGCUUCGAGUAGAGAUCAUGGGAGAGGCCUUUCGCAACUUAACGCAAGAUGGUAGAGGGAUAUACCUGCAGGAAUCUGAGUGGAUGAUGAUGACACUGUAUUCCUGAAGGAGUGCUGGAAAGGAGGGGACGGCAAGGCCUGUGCUGCGAUGAGGAAGGCUGCUUUCUAUCAACUUGCUGUGUAUGUUGGAGUCUGGGCCCUUCCCUGCAAUUUACCUCAUAUGACAAGUCUUCCCCUCAGGCAGACUUGACCUACUGACCUUAGACUUGGUGCACUGAAAUCUUUCUCAUGAAUGCAUUUAUUUUGAGUCCUGUUGCACUUCAGACAACCCUUCUGAGAAGAGACUGCUGGAUGCCAACCACUGUGGCUGCACACUGAGACACCAUGGAGCAUAGAGGCUGAGUUUUUGGAAUUGCCUAUUUAAUGCUGAUGUUACACUGUUAUUGUUAUAAUUUGGACUGCGCUGUGGUAGUAUCCAAAGGCUGUGCUUGAUGAUGGAGCUUUAUUGGGGCAAGUAACCAGUGAACCUAGGAGAGAAACAGCCCCUGCCUGAAGUGUCUUGUCAUCUAAUAGAGGAAAGCCAAAUCCUGUAGUUGCUUGGCCCAUGGUAGACAGCUGGAGUCUGUGCUUGUUGGGAUAAGGGGUGGGGGAAUUCUUCCUUAGCCAUGAUUUGGAAAGAUCAUUUGCAAGCAUUCAAACCAUCUCUUUUGCUUUCAUGAGUCAGCAUAGCUCUAUUGAAGUGAACCUAAGGUGAUCUGACCAGUUGCUGGACCAAGCCUCCAGCCCUCAUUUGAGAUGGAGCUUGUGAUGCUUGCAGAUUUAGUUCAGAGCAGCGGGUUCUCUCUGUGAGCUGAAAAGCACAAUACAGUGAGAAGCAAACUAAUCCCGUGCUGUCUUCCAGUCACUGGAGACUGGCAGGGAGUAGAUGUUCACUGUAGCGUAAUACAGGAGCAGUCUGGCAGAGAGACUGGUAAAACAUUUGGCUGUUUGUCAGUUCUUUUUGUAAAGCAGAAUGAGAGAGUGUGUAUGUGUGUGUUGAUACAUGAUUCAGGCACAUGCAAGCUGUAGUGUUAGAGAAUAUACGUGGGGCUAUUCCCACCAAACUCUGUGUUGGAGUUAGUUGAUGCAUCUCUCUGUUGGACCCUUUUUCAUUUUCUUACCAUUUAGUUGUUUGGGCUGGAAAUUUCCACACUAAGUGCUUGUUACAGGUUGCUGCUUUGACUUUUGCAUUCCAGUGGACAGCACAAUUGUUCUUUCUCCUGUGCACAGUCUCCUUAGAGCACUGAAUGCAACAGGGUUCCAGCAGGAAUGAUUAUAUAAGGGAAGAAGAUACUGUAAUGCCUUUGUAGGAGGGAGUUAUGUUAAGUUUGCAUAGGCUUAUGCCUAUAUAUGAGCCUGAGCUCAUGAAUGUGCUUCCCACUGCACUAAAGCCUGUGCAACAAGCAUAUUUAGAGAGAAACUCCAUUGUGUACGUGUUCCCAAUCAGGGGGCAUUAAACAGCACGAACAACAGUGUGCUCUUUAUUUGCCAGAACAGCCUGUUCCUAACAGUAUUAUUUCCAUGCUUUUUUUUUAAAGAGAAAACUGUUAGAACCAGAUAAAUAGCUGUAUGUUCUGCUGUUUAUAACAUGACAUAUUUAUCAAUUAUUGUCGUGUCAUGGGAGCUCAAGGGUUCAGAACUGUGGGGCACAACAGGUCAGAGGGACAGGGAUGUCCAGGACCCUUGAGCAGAUGUCACAGUGCUGUCAUCCUGCUGGGCUCCCAAAGAGGCUAUUUCAGCAGCUCCCAUUACAAAGCAUGUCCCCUCUCCCAGUUGUCAUGCCUCUGUUCCCUUUUGUGACUUGCAGCCGAACACAAUGGAGCAAACUAAAUAAGCCUGAUUUAAUUUGCGCUCAGCUCAGUGGGUGAUGUUAUAAACACUGAUUUACUGCGUGUAGGAACAGCACUGGAAGAACCAAAAAGGUUGCUGGAGAGAACGUAGGUCUUGUUCUUUUGGCGUGCCCUGAAGGAGAUGGUCUCAAUGGGGGUGGCCCUAGAUGGACAGGAGUGUCAGUGUGCGGUGUUCUCAGCAGUGCUCUGCUGGACGUGAUGGGAAGUAAAUCUGUUGGUCCCAACUGGGUUUGCUCCACAGUGCUUGUUGGCAGCACCGCGGGAAGCAUUCCAGGCCAGGAGGAUGCUGGACAUAGCUUCAGUAGCUGCUGCCCCCGGCCAUGUGCACAACUGUGGUGCAGGACACCCAGUUUCACAUGGCAGUUCAUUUCAAUUCUGUACACAUUGUUUUAUAUAUAUAUAAGAUUUUGUACUUAUUUACUUCAUACCUUUCUAAUGCAGAGCAAGGAGAUUAUUUUGCUAUUGAUUACUUGAUCCGGGAAAGAAGCAGAAUUCGUACCAUGCCAUGAAUCACUAAGCACUCGCAGCAAUAAACUUUAUUGAGCCACGUGACUUGCUGUUACAGAAUUGUAAAGAAUGCUUUACUGGAAUGAUUAUACCAAACCAUGUACGAUUCAAACUGAAUUAUCUGGCUCACAAUAAAAAUGUUUUUGGCAAUGGCACCUACUCAGACACUGUGAGGCUUUUAUAUUGCUAACUGAGUAACGUUCGCUGGGCAAUUCUGAAGAUAUAUUACUCUUCAUUUACAAUGUGCGUUGUAGGAAAAAGUGGUUUAAAAGGCUGCUGAAGGAUGCAUUCGUUUGU